AUGUCAAAGGAGAAUCGCGCUUUCGAUACCGAGAGGCUGGGUGCUGGAUAUGGCUUCCAGUCGUUUCCAAAAAAGGCAGUCGGGUUGCCUCCAACUUGGGUGUUGAUAGUGGGCUUGGGCUUCUUACUGCUCGCAUUGGCGUUUUGGGUUUAUAUAGCCUUGACCCUCCUUGCGCCAACACCUCGCCCACCGCGUCGAUCAGAAAAACAGUACAUCACCAUUUUGCCGGAUGGCUCGCGCAGUGAACCCAACCCGUUGCCAUGCUGGCUGGAUAAGUGGGCGGCCGAGAAGGAGACCGCGAAGAAGGAAGCGGCCAAGGAGCCAGGCGCGAAGGUAGUGAUACCACCGCAAAUGCCCAUUGAAGAAGCGGAGCUCUUCAUGAGCGUUGUGGUGCCUGCGUACAACGAAGAAGAGCGAUUGGAGGGAAUGCUGGAAGAGGCCGUCGAAUUCCUUGAAAGCGAAUACGGUAGUGCACAUGAUGGAGAGAAAGGUCAACGAGAACAAAGAGGCUGGGAAAUCCUGUUGGUGAGCGAUGGGAGCUCUGACAGAACCGUUGACAAGGCACUGGAUUUUGCAAGAGAACACCAACUGAACCAACACCCUGCACCAAAACCUGGACCAUGGUCGGACAAAGGAGCUGCACAUGCGACACAUAUUCCACAUGGUAGUAUACGUGUCAUCACGCUCGAAGAGAACCGAGGAAAGGGAGGGGCAGUUACCCAUGGUAUGAGACAUGUGCGUGGCCAGUAUGUCGUCUUCGCAGAUGCAGAUGGUGCCAGUCGAUUUGCAGAUCUCGGCAAGCUUGUCGAAGGCUGCAAGAGUAUCGAAGACAAACACGGACGAGGCGUUGCAAUUGGCAGCCGCGCCCACCUCGUCGGUAGUGAGGCUGUCGUCCAGCGGUCAGCUCUUCGCAACUUCCUCAUGCACUCCUUUCAUAUCCUCUUGCGUGUCAUGACGCCUCCCGCCACAGCCAGGAUCAAGGACACCCAGUGUGGUUUCAAACUUUUUUCACGCCCCGCGCUACCAUAUAUUGUUCCCUACAUGCAUUCCGAAGGCUGGAUCUUCGAUGUUGAGAUGCUUAUGUUGGCGGAAAGCGCCAACAUCGCCAUGAUCGAGGUUGCGAUUGGAUGGAAAGAAGUCAUGGGGAGUAAGCUGAAUGUCGUGUGGGAUAGCAUCGGCAUGGCAUGGGGCCUCGCGCUGUUGAGAGCCUGCUGGAUAGCUGGCAUCUAUAAAAGGGACUAG